UUUUUAUAUCCACGCGACUUCUUAUCAGCAGAGGCAUUGGAUUCUGGUAUCCUUUGAGUGUGUGCUAUUUUAAGGCUGGCCACGUGAGGAUUUUGGGUGGGCUAGGAGGGUGAGGGAUGUGAUGGCUAGACCCCCGCCGGACCCCCAGUUCAUUCUGAGAGGGGUAGGGGCCGCUGUGAACACCCUGCACUUCAGCUGCCACAGGCCUGCUCCUCCUCUGCUCUUCUCAGGGUCAGCAAAGGGGGCCGUCCACAUAUGGAACCUGGACAGCAGAAGGUCUGAGAACGUUCUAGAUGGCCACGGGGGAUCCUCCGUCAUCUGGGUGGACACGCUAAACACUGAAACUGUCCUCAGUCAAGGCAGGGACAUGCGUGUGUGCGUGUGGCCCCUGGGCGAGGGCCGCGGCGAGGUGUCUGACUGCGUCUACACAGGGAGCGUGGGCUUCUGCCAGUGCUGCCUGCUGCACAGAGGGGCCGGCGGAGGAGACCCUGGAGGCAGCAGCAGCAGCAGCAGUCUGCUGGCCUACGCCUCUGAACAGAUGGACGAGGUGAAGGUCAUAGAGUUCUCCAGCAAGGUGCCUGUGGCAUCCCUGAAGCCAGACAAGAAGCUGGGCAUGGUCAUGUGCCUGAAGAUGUGGCAGCCAGACUCCGGGCAGGGUCCCCUCCUGGUGGCCGGCUAUGAGGACGGCUCGCUGGUCCUGUGGGACGUGUCCCUGGGACGCCCCCUCAGCUCCUUGAGCGUGCACUCCGAGCCCGUCAUGUGCAUGGCCUUUGACCCCUGCCGACAGCGUGGCGUCUCCGGUUCGGCUGAGAACAUCAUCAAGUCAUGGACACUGGACGGCCAACAGAACCUACAGCACCAGGAGAGCAUGGAGCUGCUGAACGCCGGCGUGUCCCAGCUGUGCGUGCGGGGGGACGGGCGGCUGCUGGCCUCAGCCGGCUGGGACCACCAGGUGCGCCUGUUUGGCUGGAAGAGGCUCAAGCCCCUGGCCGUGCUCAAGUGCCACAGUGACAUGGUGCUCAGCGUGGCCUUCUCGGACCACCUCGACCCCACCAAGAGACUCCUGGCCGCCGGCUCCAAAGACCAGCGCAUCAGCUUCUGGUCCAUCUACAACCAGAGCUAGCGGCUCUAUCGCUGUCUCUAUCGCUGUCUGUGUCGCUAUAACAUUCAAAGAAAGAGACAAAACUGUGGCCCUCCAAUUUCCUCAAGAUUUCAGCAACUGGUGUUUGCAGUAGGAUUUGACGUUUUUGAAGCAUUGUUUUGAUUUUGCUUGGCCCUUUUUUCUGUAUGUAAUGUUUACAACAGGACUUGUGUUUUCACAAGCUUUUGAUGCAUCAUUGUUUUUUUGUUUUUUUCCACCUUUUUCCCAAUAAUUGAUGUUUGCAACAGGGUUUGUUAUUUUUACAAGCUGUCCUCAGUGUUAUGAUGAUCCUCUUUUUUUGUCAAAGAACACACUUUAUUCGUAGGUCAGUGUGAAUCAUCUCUUGUUUUUGGAUGUCAGAUUAAACACUCCCAUUCACUGA